CGCCACUUCAUCACCCACGUCCUCGCCUUCUUUGCCGCCUCCGACGGAAUCGUCCUCGAGAAUCUCGUCGGCCGGUUUACGAAGGAAGUGCAAGUGGCGGAGGCCAGAGACUUCUACGGGUUCCAGAUCGCGAUCGAGAACAUCCACUCCGAGAUGUACAACCUCCUCCUCGAGACCUACAUCAAGGACUCCGACGAGAAGAUCCGCCUCUUCCGCGCCAUCGAGACGGUGGAGCCCAGCAAGGAGCAAGUGAAGGGGAUCGUUAGUGGAUAUCGAGAGGGAGUUUGUUUGUGA